AUGAGGCUUGUUAAUAUUGCGGCAAGAGAUUUGCGAUUGACUCUGACUGUCGCGGAUGUAUUCAAAUCUCCGGUUUUGGCGGACCAAGCGACACGUCUCCGGCCACUUGUCCAGACGAAGCACGUCGCGCCGUUCGAGUUGAUGAUGGAUGGAAAUCUUCUGAUUCAAAACUUGGUGGAUUCAGUGGCAAAGCAAUGUGAGCUGACCUCUGGCAAAGUCGAAGAUAUCUACCCAUGUGCUCCAUAUCAGGAAGAAAUGCUGCACGAUUCGCUAUAUGGCGAGCGGACACAAAUGGGCCAGGAAGUCGUUCAACUUGCCAGUGAUUUGGACCUCCCGCGAUAUAUGAGCGCAUGUGCCCGGGUUUUCAAACGGUUCCCCAUUCUGCGUACUAGAAUUAUUGAAGAUUCAGGCAAGCUCCUUCAAGUUGUUAUUCGAGAAGAUCUCACUUGGCAGCAGCCGACAUCUCUCCCUGCGUAUUUGGAGGCUGAAAGUCAGGAGAGGCCAUCGCUGGGGAAAGCCACUCGCUCGAUGGGCAUUGAUAUCGGAUGGCAUACACCUGAUAUUAUUCUCGGCGCAAUAUAUGCUGUAAACCAAUCUAUUCCACUUCCCCCGGUUAACCUGGCCUUUGCGACAUUCCUUGGGAAGAUCAAUAAACCACACCAUGAUCUAUCAGACGACUCCAAACAGUUCUGGCGAUCUUAUCUGUCUCCGACUCCGGGUUCCAGUGAUAUUCCCCUUUCAGAUGACGAGUCUGCCUGUCGACCCUGCGCCAACUCUGGCAUACAACGUCUAGUGACAUUCCAGGCUGGUGCAGUGCCAGCUUUACAGCAGCAUGGGACAGAAGCAUCUCUUGUCCGCGCAGCCUGGGCAUGCGCAUUGGCUAAGCACCAUCAAAGUCCCAACUCAGAUGUUAUCUUCGGUACAAUUUUGACAGGACGCAAUAUUCAUCUUCCCGGUGUCGACGCGUUAGUCGCACCAGCUCUGCCACAUACGCCAAUUCCUGUUCGCAUGUCUUCUGUGCAAUAUGAGAAACCAGCCCAUUUCCUCGCCCAGAUUCAGGCUGAUGCGACAGCCAUGAUUCCAUUCGAGCAUGACGGGAUGGACCGUAUCCGCGCUAUAGAUGACCAGGUACACGUGUGA